AUGCGCGACGCUUCAACCCAGGCGCAAGUUGAUGCGUUCCACAGCCGUCUGAGCGAUGAUUCCGACCUAAAAUCAAAAGUAGUCGCUGCGUCAGAACUCCGAGAUGCCGUUGAUUCAUUUCAAUCUUCCCCCGCAGACUACGAAUACUAUCUGCAGAAGAUGAUGCCGGUAUACACCAAAAUCUUGGAGUCCACCCCCGUGUCUUUCACGAGUAUUUCCGUCGAGCAAAAACUCCGAUCAUCGAUCCUCGAAAUACUCCUUCGUCUACAAACCAACGAUCUCCUCAAACCCUACUCCUCCGCUCUGUUGGAGCAAAUCAUGUCCAUCCUCCGUACCGACAACGAAGAAAACGGAGUGACAUGUAUGAAAAUCCUCACGGCCCUGCACAAGGGCUACAAGGCGCACCUGGGCGGCGACCACGUGACCCAGUUCCUUGAGCUCGUCACCGACCUCUACAAGAACAUCCCCUCGGUCGUCAAGGACACGUUUGGCGUCAACCAGACCGGCUCCUCAAACUUCCAGUCCCCCAUGUCGCCGUCUCUAGUCUCUGACGGAGACGUGAGCGUCGCCACACCUGGCGGAGCAGCUUCUCGCCCCCUGGCCAAGUCGUUGUUCUCAUUCAAGGUGCUCAUUGAGUGCCCCAUCAUUGUGGUACUGCUCUUCUCCACCCACAGAGCCAUGGUGCCCACACUCUUGCCUCAGUUCCUGCCUCACGUGAUUGAGAUGCUGAGAAUUCAAGCCCCUCCCCAGGCCGAGGCCCAUGCCCAGGCCGAGGCUCGUGGCGAUAUCCUGACGACCAUCUCGCCCCAGAUCCGCAACCGCGCGGCUUACGGCGACUUCAUCACCUGCCAGGUCAAGACCAUGUCGUUUCUGGCAUACGCGCUGCGAGGCUUCCCGCCGUUUCUGCAGGAAUAUCACGUGAUCAUUCCCGAUCUCGUGGUGCGUCUUCUUCAGGACUGCCCCUGCGAGCUUUCCGCCGCUCGAAAGGAGCUCCUGGUCGCCGCUCGACACAUUACGUCGACGGAUAUAAGGACCAUGUUCAUCCCCAAAAUUGACAUUCUGCUGGAGGAGCGGGUGUUGAUUGGUGAUGGUCUGACAGUCAGAGAAACGCUCAAGCCGCUGGCAUACUCUAUCAUGGCGGAUCUCAUUCACCACGUGCGCAGCGAAUUGACGCUCCAGCAAAUCUGGAAGACUGUCAAGGUGUACUGCGCCAAUAUGCUGGACGCGUCGCUGGCCAACUCGUUCCAGAUUAUGAGUGCCAAGCUGCUCCUGAACCUUGUGGACCCGAUCAUGAAGCUGCAGGAUCGCAACGAGGGCCGUCAGACCAUGGUAUUGAUUCUGAAUGCCUUCACAGAGCUCUUCGGUGCCCUCAACAGAACAUAUCCCAAUGUCAUGAGGGGCCACGAGCGGUGGCUGAAAGAGCAGGCUGAGAAGAAGGCUGAAGGUGGAGACAAACCCAUUGCUGAAGUCAAGCCCGAGGAGGACAUCCAGGUUGACGUGAAGCUGGGAACCUCUGCUGAGUCAUCUGGGCUCAAACGCAAGGCCGAGGACCUAGAAGUCGACGAGGUCGAGUCCAACGAUGUCGUCCCGCAGAAGCCCCGGAUCGAAUCCGAGUACGACUUUGACUACUUUGAGAUCCAGGCGUCGUCGCUGAUCAAGAUUCACCCUACUCCCACGACGGAUCCCCUCGAGGACGCCCGUUACUUGUUCAAGAACCUCAUGAACUUCCUCAAAACGGUCAUGUUUGGCCUCAAGUCGUGCAACCCACCAUGUCCAAUUGCCGACAUUAGCGAGGCUGUGUGGAACGAGUCCGCCCGACUGUUCAACUUUGAGCAAAUUACUAUCUUCCGCAAGCUGUUUGAGGAGGGCAUCAAGGGUCAUCUGUUUUUCGCCUCUCACGUGACCGACAAGACCGCUACGGUCGCCAACAACGACCUCGGUGCCCCCUCGCUGCCUGUGGUCAGUUCCAAAGCCGAGAAGGAUCUCAUGGAGACAUUUGUGACCGUGUUCAUUCACAUUGACUCGGCGUCGUUCAACGAGAUCAUCGAGAGCGAGCUCCCCUUUCUCUACGACGCCAUGUUCUCCAAUUCUGCACUGCUUCACAUCCCCCAAUUCUUCAUGGCUUCCGAAGCUACUUCUGCCAACUUCUCUUCGUUGCUGAUUUCGUUUCUGAAGGAGAAGCUCCCUGAGCUCGGAGACGGAAACAUUCAAAAAUCAAACAUUCUGAUCCGGCUCUUCAAGCUGUGUUUCAUGGCGGUGAACCUGUUCCCCGCUCAGAACGAGGCUGUUCUUCUACCACAUCUCAAGAGUCUCAUUAUCGACUCGAUGAAACUGACCACCACCAGCAAGGACCCAAUCGUGUACUUUUACCUGCUGCGAACAUUGUUCCGAAGCAUUGGAGGAGGCAGAUUCGAGCUGCUAUACAAGGAGGUGCUCCCUUUGCUCCAGUCGCUGCUCGAGUCACUGAAUAAGCUGCUUCUGACUGCCAGAAAGCCACAGGAGAGAGAUAUUUACGUCGAGCUGUGUCUCACGGUUCCCGUGCGUCUUUCUGUGCUCGUCCCGCACCUCUCCUACCUCAUGUCUCCGCUUGUCGUUGCUCUCAACGGCUCUCAGGAGCUCGUGUCGCAAGGUCUCCGGACUCUCGAGCUCUGCGUCGACAACCUCACGGCCGAGUACUUUGACCCCAUCAUCGAGCCCGUUAUGGACAAGGUGAUGCAGGCGCUGUGGAACCAUCUCAAGCCGUUGCCGUACUACCAUCAGCACUCGCAUACGACUUUGAGGAUCCUGGGCAAGCUGGGUGGCAGAAACAGACGUUUUCUGACUCCUCCCGACAACCUCAAGACGAUUUCCGCGGUGCACAAUGAUCUGGCGAUCGUGGCCAAGUUCCAGGGCGUGGAGGAAAAGCUACCUGUGAACAUUACGCCUGCUCUGGAGGCUUCUGUGGCGAUUCUGGAGGACUCCAAGCGGCGUCUAGAGUACCGGGUGAGUGCGUUCAAGUACCUGUCGGGCUGCCUGAAACUGCUGAUCGACGCUCAUCCUAUUGCAUCUGAUAUGAGCGAGACUAUCAAGAAGGCGGUGACUGCUCUGACGAUGGAGGGUUUCCCCAAAUCCAAGGAUAACGGCGAGUACCACCUCAAGGAUGGUAAAGUCAAGUACCCCGUCAAGCGCAAGCUCGAGGAUGAGCUACUGACGAUGCUGCUGGAGUCGCUCUUCUUCUCUCUAUCCAUCGACGCUGUCAAGGAGGAGGCCACUGAGCUUAUUCACAACCUGUGCGACCAUUUUGUCUUCCUGAACCUUGGUAGAUAUGUUUUGGACAAACGGAAGGAACUCACCUCGUUUGAUCUCAACGAACAUGAGGGCAAGACCUUUUUGGACUGCAAGGCAAUCAUUGGCGCUAUCAUGUUUGCUCUCAGCCACUACAAUGAGUCCAUCAAGCAAGGAGGUAUUGACGCUAUUAAGCAUAUGUUCAACACCGGUGUUACUGUAUUUGGCAGCAAGGAGCUAGCGUUCAAGUUCCCUCUGUACGUGUCCAUGUAUAGACGCUUCUCGCAUGGCUGCUUCGAGGAGGAGUACUACCGCAAGUACGGCGCUGUAUUAGGUCUCAAGACGCUGAUGCAGGACCUGGACUGUCCACUGCGGUGGAUCCAGGUGAAGCAGAUUGAGUUCACCCGAACCAUUCUGUUUGUGUGCAAGGACGUGCCCCCGGAUGUGCCUGGUCACGUGAGAGAUGUGGCUCGAAAUCUUUAUCUCCACAUUUUGCGUCGCUGCAACACUGAUCUGUCUGCCGAGCAGAUGGCAGACAAGUCGUUCAAGCAGGUGGUUGGUUUGCUAGCCUACGAUCUCGGCAACGCCAACAUUUCCGUGCGGGAGACUUCCAAGCAGGCUCUGGCUACUCUUGCUGAAGUGACAAAGUCUGCGUCCGUGUCUGCCAUCCUUGAGCCCGUCAAAACUAUUCUACUGGCUCCAAUUUUCGGCAAGCCGCUGCGAGCUCUGCCUUUCCCUAUGCAGAUUGGCCACAUUGACGCCAUUACCUACUGCCUGGGUCUCGGCAACGGCUUCCUGCCCUUCAACGACGAGCUCACUCGUUUGAUUCUGGAAGCUCUGGCAUUGGUUGACGCCGAGGACGAGUCUCUAACUGCUGCUCACCGAGUAUUCGAACAGCGAACAGCCGAGCAACUCGUGCAACUCCGAAUCGUCUGUAUCAAGUUGCUGUCCGCUGCACUCGCCCAGACCGAGUACACGGCGAUCCAGGCACCUCCCACUCGGUCCAAGAUCAUUGCCGUAUUCUUCAAGACGCUCUAUUCGCGAUCCGACGCCGUUAUCGAAGCUGCCCACCAGGGUCUGCGGUCUGUUCUCUCCAACAAGAACAAGUUGCCCAAAGACCUGCUUCAGAAUGGACUCAAGCCUAUUCUCAUGUCGCUGUCGGACCACAAGCGACUGUCCGUGGCCGGCCUUCAGGGCCUCGCCAAGCUGCUAGAGCUCCUGACGUCUUAUUUCAAGGUUGAGAUUGGCCGCAAGCUGCUGGACCACCUGAGAGCUUGUGCUGAACCUCAGACUCUCCACCAACUGGCUACUCAUAACCUGUCUCUCCAGCAGAACGUACAGAUCAUCGUGGCCAUUUUGAACGUGUUCCACCUGUUGCCGUCUACCGCACACACAUUCAUGAACGAUAUUGUCAAUAUGAUUGUAUAUCUGGAGAGAAAUCUGCGUCGUCAGCAGAAGAGUCCCUUCAGGGUGCCCGUCGGCAAGUUCUUCAACUGCUACCCCGAGCAGACGUUUGACUACUUUGCUCCAAAGCUGCAGGACCGAACACUUGGUCGGUUGUUUUCUUCGAUUUUGACCGAGGACGUUUGUGACGAGCUCAGAGGCGUGGUCAUCACCCGUAUGGACGAACUGGUGGCCAAGAUUGGCGAGUUGCAAGGUGGACAGAGAGCAGUUGCCAUCUGUAACCUGGUUGAGGUGGUGGCUUCUGUGAACGCCAAGCCAGCCAAGCCCAAGGUGGUGAAGGAGGAGAAGAAGGAGGAGGGAGAGGCCGACGGUGAGACAAAGGCAGUGACCAAGACAGAGGAUUCCACGGCUGAAAUCAAGCCUGUCAUGACCCCCCAGCUCCUCUCCAAGCUCGUGGGCCACGUGAAGGACCUGCCUGCUCUGGUAUCCAAAACCCUACCCACAGACCCCAUCCACAUUCAGACGGAGCAGACCAUCGAGACGCUGCAGAACAUUGCGGUCGCGUUUCUGAAGUCGCGUGAUCCGUCCACCUCAUCCAUCGACAUGGUGUUCGGCCUCAUCAAGGUAUUCACGUCCAACAAAGAGCUCAAAAUCUCGUGGUCGUUUCAGCAGUACAUUUUCAACUCGCUGGUGUGUUCCACGGACGUGCUGAUGCGGCGCAAGUAUCUGACCAAGGCGGUGGAGCUGUGCAGCACCUCCAGACACCUCAAUAUUGCCGGACGAAUCUUUGUGUUCAACAAGCUUGUCAAUCCGAUCCUAAUUGUCGAGCAAAAACGCAACAAGUCGCUCGCUCUUCUAUUGGACAAGAUUUCGCAGAACAACAAGGCCGGCAACUGGCUGGAUUUGGUGCACACCAAGAUCUGGCGUCCCUCGCAACUUGAUGCUACCGACGACAAGUCUGCGUCUAUUGACCAGCUUCGGUUCGAGCUGUUGCACUUGUCUGCCCUGCUCAUCAACUACGCUCCUCAGUUGGUGGCUGAGGGCCGAAAGGACAUGAUCAAGUUUGGCUGGAACUUUAUCAAGCUCGACGACAUUGUGUCCAAACAAGCAGCGUACGUGGUCAUCUCGUACUUCAUUGCCGCCUACGAGACGCUGCCCAAGAUUGUGAUUCAGAUCUACGUGGCGCUUCUGAAGACGUCGCAGAACGAGGCUCGUCAGCUGGUGAAACAAGCGCUCGAUUUGCUGGCCCCCGUGCUCCCAGACAGAAUCCCAUCUCCUACAUGGGCCAAGUGGCCUCGACGGGUGCUGUCUGAGUACGGACACAACAUCAUGCAGGUGAUUGGCGUCUACCAGUUUGUGGUGCGGUACCCGGACCUCUUCUACGAGUACUCUGUUUACUUUGUCCCUAACAUCAUUGCCACAAUGCCCAAGCUGUCGUUCUCGCCUGGUUCGCCCUCAGAGAACCAGAAUCUCGCUGCCGAUUUGGCAGGUCUCUUGUUGAAGUGGGAGGAGAGAGCCAAGAGAGAGUACAAGUUGUACGAGAAUGGUGAGUGGCCUAUCAAGGAGGAGAAGGAGGUAAAGAAGGAGGGUGAAGUGAAGGAGGAAAAGAAGGAGGGUGAGCCUGAGGUGGCAGAGGAGGAACCCCCCAAGCCUCCUCCAGAGAGUGUUCUCUCUUCUGCUCAGCUCGAGUCCGUCGUCACAUACCUCAUUCGGUACAUCUGCAUGUACCCCCAGAAGGUGGUGGACUCACCUCUGGCCAGCCGCAUCCUGGACAUUCUCAAGAAGCUUUUGGAGAUUAACGUGCAAUCCCGUGACUGUGUCAAGCUCACCUUCUUUGAUCGGUCGCUUGUCCAGAAUGAUCUCAACUCGCCCAACACUCUGUGUCUUUGUUUGAACGCUCUGGAAGUUGUCAAGGCCACUAUUGCCACCAAGAGCGACCAGUGGAUCCUUGAGAACCUGCCUCAUCUUGAGCGGCUGCUCGAGAAAUGCAUCAAGAGCAACAACUCUGACAUCCAGGAGGUGCUGCAGGGUGCGCUCUCAAUUAUCCUCAAGGCUAUCAAGAACACCGGUGGCAACACUGGCGGGUCUGUGGCUGUUCCUGGUGCCACAGAUGCCGCCGCUGCUCCCGAGGCAGACUCUUCCAUCCCCACCAUCAUCACACUCAUCAACAACACGAUCCUGGAGAACCUUGGCAGCCCCAACUCGAUUUCUGCGGGCACCACGCUCUGCUGGACGCUGUUCCAGGUCGAUCCCACCAUGGUCGAUUUUGUUCUUGCGCCCAUGAUGAAGGCCUUUGGCAAGCUGUGCAAGGACCAUAUCACCCAGAGCGGGGAUGGCGACGGAGAGGCUUCUCUUCCCGAGUUGGAGCGAUCCAUGACCACCAAACUGCUGGUAAAGAUCCUGGACUUGACAUCGACACGUGUCUCGUAUCUCGGAGACCAGCGUCGAGUCUUUCUGUCUCUCUUUGCACAGCUCAUUGAACGGUCACCUGAUCCGGAGCUGUGCAAAAAGAUGAUCUCCAUCACUCGGGGAUGGAUUUUCUCCAAGACGGAGUUGUUCCCAUCCAUGAAGGAGAAGGCUGCCAUUCUUGGCAAGAUGAUCAUAUUUGAGAACAGAGGAGACGCCACGCUCAAGAAGCUGCUCUAUCAGGUCAUCAUUGACAUCUACACCGACCCCCAGCUGGCCAAGUCGGAGCUCUCUAUUCGCAUGGAGACGCCAUUUUUGGUCGGCACCCGAAGUGAAGACUGUGAGAUCCGAAGCAAGCUCAUGAGCAUUCUCAAUGAGUCACUACCUGAGAACUCCGUCAAGCGUCUGUUCUACAUUGUCGGCCACCAAAACUGGGAGGCUCUUGGCGACUACCAGUGGAUCCACCAGGGUCUGCAGCUCAUUUACAACACCAUUGAGGGCAAGUUGGAGCUGCAGCCGGGUAACUAUCUUGUUUCUGGUAUGGACGGUGUUGGCGAGGGUCUCGGAGGGUUGGAUGUUGAGGUUCCAGACGAUCUGCCCACCUCUCCAGAGCUGAAACCCCUGUUACAGAAGCAUGGCGCUUUUCUCAAGGGCAUUCGAGAUGCUCCAGUGUCUUCUCUUCUCAACCCCCUUGUGGACAUCCAGUACUGUUCUCCCGAGACCGUGAACGAGAUGUGGGCGCUGUUGUUCCCCGUUCUUUACGGCCAGGUCCCCCGGAAGGACAAGACGGACUUCAGCAAGGCUCUGGUGACUCUCUUAUCCAAGGAGUACCACAACCGGCAAGCCGAAGCCCGUCCGAAUGUCAUUCAGGCCUUCCUGAAGGCGUUUGAGAAGUGCCAGGGCCUGCUUAUGCCGCCCCAUCUUCUCAAAUAUCUCGGCAAAUCGUUUGACGGCUGGUUCGAGGCUGUAAAGUGCCUGGAAGAUGGCUCCACAGCCGCCAUCCCCUCCAACUCGCAGGUUGAUAGCGCCAAAAUUGAGGAGGCUAAUCUUGACGCGCUGGCCGAGCUUUAUGCGGGUAUCCAGGAGGACGAUACCUUCUAUGGCCUAUGGAGACGUCGGGCGCGGUACACAGAAACUAACUCUGCCAUUUCCUACGAGCAGUGUGGUAUGUGGAGUCGGGCUCUUCAGCUGUAUGAAGCUGCUCAGAUCAAGGCGCGGUCUGGAGCCCUUCCCUACGGCGAGUCCGAGUACUCUCUCUGGGAAGACCACUGGAUUCUAUGUGCCCAGAAGUUGCAGCAGUGGGAUAUUCUCACUGAGCUGGCCAAGCAUGAGGGUUUCACCGAUCUGCUGCUUGAAUGCGGCUGGCGAGUGGCUGACUGGAAUGCCGAUAAGGAGCCGCUUGAGCAGUCAAUCAGAACUGUCAUGGACGUGCCUACACCCCGACGACAGAUUUUUGAGACGUUCCUGUGUCUGCAGAGUUACGCCCAGAAGGGUGAGACGUUGCAGACGCUGUCCAAAUACUGUGACGAGGGCAUUCAGCUGGUGCUCCAAAACUGGGCUGCUCUGCCAACUCCCAUCACGGGAGCCCACCUCCCGUUGCUGCACACCUUCCAGCAGUACGUGGAGUUCAUGGAGGCGUCGCAGGUGUACACUUCCCUGGCCUCUACCACGGCUCAGAACCUGGAUGCCAAGUCUCAGGAGCUCAAGGGUGUGCUUCAGGCCUGGAGAGAGCGUCUUCCCAACGUAUGGGACGAUAUCAACAUCUGGGGUGAUCUUGUGACCUGGCGUCAGCACGCGUUUGGCGUCAUUAACCGGGUGUAUCUUGGAUUGGUCCCUCAAGGCCAACAGGGCCAACAGGGCCAGCAGGGAGCUGGAGCUUCUACUUCCUCAUUUGCCUACCGGGGCUACCACGAGAUCGCCUGGAUCAUCAACCGGUUUGCCCACGUGGCUCGUGUGCACAACAUGCCCGAUGUGUGUAUCAACCAGUUGAGCAAGAUUUACACGCUGCCCAACAUUGAGAUUCAGGAGGCGUUCCUCAAGCUGCGGGAGCAGGCCAAGUGUCACUACCAGAACCAGGCCGAGUUGAACACCGGUCUGGAUGUCAUCUCCAACACCAACCUGGCGUACUUUGUGGCCCAACAAAAGGCGGAAUUCUUCACGCUCAAGGGUAUGUUCUUGGCCAAGCUAAAUGUCCAGGACGACGCAAACCAGGCUUUCGCCACCGCUGUCCAAAUUGACCUCUAUCUCCCCAAGGCCUGGGCCGAGUGGGGCUAUUUUAACGACAAGCGGUUCAAGGAGAACCCCAAGGAUAUCAUUUACGCCAACAACGCCAUUUCGUGCUACCUGCAGGCUGCGGGACUGUACAAGAACGGCAAGGCUCGAAAGCUGCUGGGCCGAAUUCUCUGGCUCAUUUCGCUGGACAACCAGCAGGGCAAUCUGGCACAGGCGUUCCAAAACUACCGUGGCGACGUGCCGGUGUGGUACUGGAUCGUCUUUAUUCCGCAGCUCCUCACCUCUCUGGCACACAGAGAGGCUCGAAUGGCGUCUGCGAUUUUGAUCAAGAUUGCAAAGACGUACCCCCAGGCGUUGCAUUUCCACCUCCGAACCACCAAGGAGGACUAUUCUGUGCUCCAGCGACAAGCCAUGGCUGCCAGGGCUUCAGGAGGUACUCCUGGAGCCGCUGGUGCUGGCGGCACCCCCGGAGCUUCUGGAGCUGGUGCUGGCGGCACCCCUGCCGCUGGAACACCUCCUGGCGGCUCUCCUGCCGGUUCCGCACCGUGGGAGUAUGUGGACGAGAUCAUGGGUAUCCUUAAAACCGCUUAUCCCCUCUUGGCACUCUCUCUCGAGACCCUGGUCGACCAAAUCUACCAGCGUUUCAAGUGCCAGGUGGACGAGGACGCGUACCGACUCAUCAUGGCGCUGCUCAACGAUGGCGUGCAGUACAUGGGCCGAUUGCCUUACCCUAAGGAGGAUGCCAAGCUUCCUGCCACGACCGAGGCCAACAUCACGCGGUUCGCCGAGUCGGUGUUGCCCAAGCACAUCAAGUCCGCGUUUGAGGCCGAGUUUGUGACCGACAAGCCCAAUCUCGAGACGUACGUGACGCGGCUGCGAAAGUGGCGUGACCGGUUUGAGGAGAAGCUGGACUCUCGAAACAGCUCGAUUCACCUGGAAGCGCUGUCUCCCCAUCUCUCCGAGUUCCACUACCAGAAGUUUGAGGACAUUGAGGUGCCUGGACAGUACCUACAGCUUAAGGACUCCAACAUGCACUUUGUCAAGAUUGACCGGUUCAUGCCCACGGUGUCAAUUGUGCGGGGCCAUGGAAUCUGCUACAAGCGGCUUACCAUCCGUGGCCACGAUGGCUCCAUGCACCCCUUUGCCGUACAGUAUCCCUCAGCGCGGCAUUGUCGACGGGAGGAGCGGGUGAUGCAGUUGUUCCGUAUCUUGAACGACGCCCUCUCGCGCAACAGAGAGACCCGCAAGCGGUACCUGCAGUUCACACUACCCCUGUGUGUGCCUUUGUCCCCUCACAUUCGUCUGGUGCAGGACGACUCGCGCUACGUGUCCAUGCAGGCCAUCUACGAGGACUUUUGUCACCGCAAGAACGUGUCAAGGGACGAGCCGUCGAUUUUUGCCAUGCACCAGCUGCGGGCUGCGUUUGAUUCCAAGCUGCCCAAGCCAGACAUUUCGUCCAUCAAGAUGGAGAUUCUGAGCUCGAUCCAGGAGGAGUUGGUGCCCAAGACGGUCUUCAGCGACUACUUUACGCGUAUCUACCCGCAGUUUUCGGACUUUUGGCUCUUCCGAAAACAGUUUUCGUAUUCGUAUGCUGGUGUCACCUUCCUGAUCUUCAUGAUGAGUAUCAACAACCGGUACGCCAACAAGAUUCUCAUCAACACGGGCAGUGGCAACGUGUGGACCACGGACAUUGUGCCGGUUCUGCCGCCGCAAAAGUCCACACCCACGUUCCACAACGGCGAGGCCGUGCCCUUCAGACUGACCCCCAAUAUCCAGCAGCUCAUGGGCCCUACAAACAUGGAAGGUCUGUUUUCGUUUGCCAUCAUGUUAAUUGCGCGGGCCGUGACUGAGCCUGAGUUCUCGCUUGACCAGUACAUGUCGCUGUUUGUCAGAGACGAAAUGAUCUCCUGGUACACUCAGCAGCACCGACCGUCGGUGCAGGACCAGCAACUUCGGGAAAUUGUAAAGGUCAAUGUCGAUGGUAUUGUCAAGCGGGCUUCUUCUCUGGCUCAGGUGGGUCAGGGCAACGUGCCUGCCAACCAGACUGUCAUUGAUCUGAUUUCUCAGGCUGUCAACCCAAGAUACCUGGCCUUGACCGAUAACCUCUGGCAGGCCUAUCUUUAA